ACCUAAACAUGUUCGCUCCAUAAGGAACUGCUUCGGUCCAGGUGGAGCCAUUCCAAGAUAUUCAAAAACAAAUGCUGAAGGACAAUCGAUAGUGUUGAAAUUAAAUGAAAACAACAUGGAUGAAAAAAUGACCCAUAGAACUCUGAAUCGUGAACGAGCGCGAGAAUUUUUGAGAAAUUUGAAAACAGACGACAAGACGCCAGUAAGCGUUGUCAUGGAGCUAGCCACCCAGUUGGGAAUGGUAGCCGUCUUCAAGGAGGCAAAAGACUUGCUAUGGUCGAAUACACCAUUCAAGAAUAUUGUUAAACUUGGCGAUUGACAAGCAGUUGGUGUUGCUGGAAGUAAAAAAGAAGCAAAGCAGAAUUCGGCAAGGAAAUUGAUUAAACUUAUCAAAAAUAAAAGUAAAGACCCUCUAACAAAUCCUACAUCAAAUUCUACGAAAGUGAAAACACCUGGGGAAAGUCCAUUUUUAUCACCGAUAUCAUCGGCAACUGGGAGCUCCCCUGAGACACCAUCUGAUAGAAACACUAUUGGAGAGUUGCAAAAUCUUGCUGUUAGCAGAAAAUGGUCACCGCCUGUGUAUAAAUUUUGUGAGCCGACUGGUUUACCACAUUCCAAAAUAUUCACCUGUCAUGUGAAGAUGAUGUCUGACCUUCAAUGCACUGGAGUGGGAUCAAGUAAGAAGGCUGCAAAGAAACAAGCAGCAGAGAAAAUAUUGGAUCUUCUACAUGGAUAUGGUGAUGAUGAUGAAGGAUAUGGUUGUGAUGAAGUUGAUAUUGGGACGCUGUUGUUCAACAAAUCGCCUUCAUCAUCAAACACUCAAUCAUCACCCGAGAUUUUGAAUGAUUCUGCUUUGGAGGAGUAUAACUCAAGCAGUUCUGAAAUAUCGACGCUUUCCUCUGAACCUAAUGUUACCAAGCUUACUGGCUCCCUCUCGGACAGUCUGUGGUCGGCCAGCUCUGACUCCAAGUCGUUAGAAAGUCGAGAAGCGAUGAAAGCCGAACGUCAAUGUCAGAGCAGUGGAGAUCAUCUCGUGGCUGGGAUCAAAGGAUUGGGCAUGGGUUUUAUGGGUGAUCUUACCAGUAUCGUCACUCAACCGACUGAAGGAGCCAAUGAGAAGGGUGUCCCUGGCUUUUUUCAAGGUAUUGGUAAGGGAAUUUUGGGAACGUAUGCCAAGCCAACUGCUGACAUCCUUGAUCUAGCCUCUGGUGUCUCGGCUGCAGUACAUGGCUCAGCUAGGAGAAGUUCUUGUGUUUACCAACCUAAACAUGUUUGCUCCAUAAGGAACUGCUUCGGUCCAGGUGGAGCCAUUCCAAGAUAUUCAAAAACAAAUGCUGAAGGACAAUCGAUAGUGAUGAAAUUGAAUGAAAACAACAUGGAUAAAAAAAUGGCCCAUAGAACUCUGAAUCGUGAACGAGCGCGAGAAUUUUUGAGAAAUUUGAAAACAGAUGACAAGACGCCAGUAAGCCUUGUUAUGGAGCUAGCCACCCAGAUGGGAAUGGUAGCCGAUUUCAAAGAGGCAAAAGACUUGAUAUGGUCGAAUACACCAUUCAAGAAUAUUGUUAAACUUGGCGAUUUACAAGCAGUUGGUGUUGCUGGAAGUAAAAAAGAAGCAAAGCAGAAUUCGGCAUGGAAAUUGAUUAAACUUAUCGAAAGUGAAAGUAAAGACCCUCUAACAAAUCCUACACCAAAUUCUACGAAAGUGAAAACACCUGGGGAAAGUCCAUUUUUAUCACCGAUAUCAUUGGCAACUGGGAGCUCCCCUGAGACACCAUCAAAUAGAAACACUAUUGGAGAGCUGCAAAAUCUUGCUGCUAGCAGAAAAUGGUCACUGCCUGUGUAUGAAUUUUGUGAGCCGACUGGUUUAGCACAUUCCAAAACAUUCACCUGUCUUGUGAAGAUGAUGUCUGACCUUCAAUGCACUGGAGUGGGAUCAAGUAAGAAGGCUGCAAAAAAACAAGCAGCAGAAAAAAUGUUGGAUCUUCUACAUGGAUAUGGUGAUGAUGAUGAAGGAUAUGGUUGUGAUGAAGUUGAUAUUGGGACGCUGUUGUCCAACAAAUCGCCUUCAUCAUCAAACACUCAAUCAUCACCAGAGAUUUUGAAUGAUUCUGAUUUGGAGGACUAUAACUCAAGCGGUUCUGAAAUAUCAACGCUUUCCUCUGAACCAAAUGUUACCAAUGCAUGCAAAGAUAAUUUACUCUAUGACAAUUAUUCAAUCAUUAAACUUGAAAGUUUGAGGAACAGUCAACACUUUAAAAGUGAAUUUAUUCCAUUGCCAAGUAAAAGCAAGAAAGGUUUCCAUCAAGUAUUUCUUAAAUUGACUUUUGACUCUGGCCAAGUUAACUAUCCCAUUGUUACUCAUGGUUCUGGUGAAACUGAACAAAUUGCAAAGUCUAGAGCAGCUGAGCGUGCUUAUCAACAUCUCCAAUUACUGAUGAAGGUGCCACACUAAAUAUAUCUGGAAAGUACUGCUUUGAAAGGUUUUCUGUUAGAGAGAAGUUUGAACAAUUUAAUGACAAAGAUAUCCGCCCGACGUAUUGUAAAAACUUAUCUCAGGUGAUAAAAAUAUUGGUAGUUAUAGAUUUUAUCAUUUAAAAGUAAAUGUUGUUUUGGUCAGAGAAAUUUUAAAACAACAUACUAGUUAUUUCAGUAAUAUCUUUCCCAUGGAAAUGAAGACCUUAUACAACCUGUUAACGACCCAACCCAUGCGCUCAUCCGCCCAUGUUCCAUUUUAUAUGUAUUAAAGUCGUAUUCUUCAAAGUAAAUAUCAUAUAUUUUUGCCCUA